GCGAGUGUCAGCCAGGUGAUGUGCGGGCUCUUCAACAUGAUGAAUCCGACCCCUGGUGCCGCCGCCCCUUUGGCUGCGAAGGUGCCUCCGCUGGCCCCUGGCAUGGGCCUCCCGCUGCAGCCUGGGGCGCCGAGGGAUGCGGAGCCCAUCCCAUCCACAGCCAGUGCCGUGGAGUUCCCCUCACCCACACAGAUGUGGGGGCCAGGGGGCAUCGCCUCGCAGGAGGCCAAGGCCACGGCGCGCCUCUACGCGACGGCGCCAGCGAUGACGGCAGCCGCGGCUGGUGCUGCAGCAACGGAGGAGGUGCGGCCCCUGGACCCCAGCCUCCUGGCGACGACGCAGCCCGUGGAGAUGGCCACGCAGGAGGUGGUGCCUGGCCCUGCUCAGAGCGUCACGGCCAUGCCACCGCCUGCGCCUCAGGGUGUGAUGCCGCCCGCGCCGAAGGCACCGCCCUCGGCGGCUGCGGCGGCCAGCGUCCCCCCAGCUCAGCGCGAGGCAGCCUGCGUCACUCCGGCCUCUCCAGCGCGGCCCGCGAGGAUCAAGCAUCCGAUGCUGGAGCCCACGGGGGAGUCGCCGCCGCACAAGAGCAACACGCUGCCGCACGACCCCGCUCUCUGA